AUUUCUGGUGUUGCAUCAGAGUCUUCUGCUUGUGUCAACUCAAAAUAUGUCCCUGUCUCUAAACAAGUGAAUCUUUCAGUCUUUUUUAUUUUAUAUCAGUCAUUCUCCAGUUCUAUAUGAAAGUGAAAUACUUUGAGAAAUACGCGUUGUCUCAAUUGUGAAUGCUUGUAAAACCAACUUUUUUUUUUAUUUUUAUUUUAUGACAGGUUUAUUACUGUUGUUAACUGAGCCAUGCUGCACUUCAAUCAGAGACAGACAGACAACCCCAGGGCGGUUUUGGGAUUUUAUUUACUUCUGUCUACAAGCUAUGUUUCUGCAGUAGGACAACAUAAUAUUAACUGCACCAAUACAAACUACCCGACUGUUCCAUGUCAUUUUCCAUCAGAUACUACAAUCUUGGAUUUGUCCCACAACAGCAUUGAGAAAGUCCUUAGGCAGGAUUUCUCAACACUUACUGGGCUUAAACAACUCUUUUUAGCUUUUAAUAGCAUCAGCUUUUUAGCUACUAAUGCCUUUCAAGACAAUUCUGACCUGCAACUUCUGGACAUUUCACACAAUUGUCUAAAUGCUAUAUCAGCUCUUCCUUUUGGUAACCUCCUGACAAUGAAGAAUCUAGAUGUCUCCAGUAACAAGUACAGCGAGAUCAUAUUGGGACAGGAAUUCAUCAAAAUGAGAAACCUUGAGAUUCUCAAACUUGGCUCCCCUCAGAUCUCCUCAUUAAAGGCGAAUACAUUCAGUGAUCUUGAAGGUCUCCAGCUGAAAGAGCUUCAUCUCAUUACAGGAGAAAUUAGUGAAUAUGGUGGUGCUUUAAAGAAAAUCAGUGGUCUUCAGAGGAUGACUCUAGAGUUAAACAUGUGGGAGCACCUAGAUCUGCUGAAGUCCCUGUUAGCUGAUGUUGUCAAUGUUACUAAAGUGCUUCAAGUAAUGAAUGUGAAUUUAAUUAAAAGUGGACAUUAUUUUCCUCUGGUUUUUUUCCCACAACACUCCCAGUUGAAAACACUAGUAUUACAAAAUAUCUAUACUGAUGGAAAUUAUACCUCAGAUCUAAUUUCAUUUCUUUUGAAAUCAAACAUCGAAGAAAUUGAAAUAGAUGAUCUUCAUACUGUUGGCUCUUUCCUACUAAAAAUCCCUAGGUUUACAAAAGUGAAUCUUAGAAGAAUUUCUUUUCGAAACCUUGAUAACCCAUAUUUUUUUAGAUUUAGACCCACGUCAGAAAUGACAAGAUUUGUCUCAUAUAUCACCCAUGUGAUUGUUAUAAAUUGCAAAUUUUUUUAUUUUCCUUGUCAGAUUUCUGAUUCUUUGACUAGCCUGGAAAUUGCAGAUUUUUCAAGAAACAAUUUUAAGGAAGAACUUUUGUUUCCCAAGUGCCAGGCCCCAUUCCCAAAUGUACGCUCCUUUGUCAUUGACGACAACUUCUUUAAAGAUUUAGCUUUUCUUGGAAACUCCACAUCUCACAUGAAAAAGCUUGUCAAUUUCUCAGCCAGUAAUAAUAGCAUCACCCUGAAUACGAAAUUUUCUAUAAACUGGACUAAAAGCUUAUUAAAUUUGAAUCUAAGUAGGAAUUUAAUCACAGGAGAUGUUUUUGCUUUCCUCCCUGACAACCUUGAAGUUCUGGAUUUAAGCUUUAACAGAAUUAGCUCUGUAACUCAUAUUGGAAAAAUGAAAAGACUGCGAGUGGUUCACCUCUCUGGUAACAAAAUCCUCACAUUGACAGAGAUGGAGAUGUUGUCAUCUGUCAGAGUGCUUCAUGCAGACAGGAACAGAAUUCAGAAAAUUAAUCGACAUUUUUUGGACACCUUUGCCUUUAAUGAGUUAAAUUUGGGUAAUAAUCCAUUUGUGUGUGACUGUAACAUACAAGAUGUUGCUGAUUAUUUUGGUAGCACAUCUGCCACUGUAGUUGGGUGGCCCUCUGAGUACACCUGUGACUCUCCAUCUUACCUCAAUGGCACUGAAAUUCAUUUUGUGUUCUUUUCCUGGGGAAAGUGCCACCCUGGGUUAACUGUCAUGAUCUGCAUUGUUGUUAUCUUUACCACAGUUAUUGCCUGUGCUCCACUGUACAAAAAAUACAAACGUUUUGGGUAUCACCACAUUCCUUUUAAUUAUAGAUUACAGAAAGGGGAUGCAAAAGAAAUAGUGUAG